UCCAAGAAAAAAGAAAUGAACCCAGGAGGAGCAUUUGCAUUGAAUCCGCAUGCAGCAUCAUACGUACCACUCUCCAAAAGAGUGGAUGCUAUGGAUGGUUUGGCCUCACAUAACGUGCAGGGACAAGAGCAGAUGUUCAUGCCCAAGACAUCCUCUGAAAUGGCAUACAAACAGAUAAGGGAUGAUGAUGAUUUGUAUAUGGAGAUGGAUAUAGACAUGGAUAUUGAAUACCUUCUUGUGACAUUCUCUGGUCUCUCACAAGAGUCUAUAACUGAUGUAUACCUGGCGAACAGCGGUGAUCUUGAAGCCACCAUUGAGAUGCUGAAUCAGCUUGAGAUAUACAGCACUGAAGCUCAAGAAAACCUCCCAGAGACGCUGGAUCUUGGGUAUCUAUGUGAAUCCGGGCCUUCAACCUCAAAAGCUUCAACACAAAAGAAGGCAGCUACAGAAGUUGCUAUAUCGUCAUCAUCCGUUAUUCCUAAUACAACUGUAUCAGCCUGAUCUGAUCUAUACUUUGUUGUGUACAUUGCCAUAUUUAUUUGUUAUAUGAUGAUAAGAUCAUGGCAAAGGAUAGGAUAGGGAUGUGGCAUAGUGUUUCUCCUACAUUAGUGGGAAGUCUCAUGUUGUGUUUUAGUUGGCAGUUAUUUUCGUGAAUGUGUGUGUAUUUAAGAAACACUUGUCUUAGUGAAUGAAUAUGAAAAAGAAAAUUGAAGUAACUUGUGUUCUUGUUCUCUUAAG